GGAGGCGGUGGCGCAAGGCUGAGCUCAGUCUCUGCUGUCUUUGUCUUGUACUCUUUGUUAGCCAUGCCGAGCCUGCUGCUUCUAGCAGGGAUCAUGGAGAAAAAUGGGGGCUACGCCGGGGAUUUGCCCGGCUCUGCCUUCGGGAGCGAGGGGCUGCUGGUGGCGCCCGACGAAGAUGAGGAGGACUCCCGCGCCCUCAGGGUCGCGUUGGGCCAGUUGUCUCUGUUGGGUCUGGGAGAAGGCGAGGACAGCACUGUCCCCCCAGGAGUCCAGGACCGGAGCAACAACAACAACAACAACCAGCACAAGGCCGGCGGAGACUCUCCUCUGUCCGCCAAGAACAAGCUGUGCGCCCUGUACGAGCCUAACUCCGAGACCAAAGCACGAGGCUGCAACAUCACAGAGUGCGUCCCGGUGCCCAGCUCCGAGCAUGUGGCGGAGAUCGUGGGCAGACAAGGCUGCAAGAUCAAAGCGCUGCGGGCCAAGACCAACACGUACAUAAAGACCCCAGUGCGCGGGGAGGAGCCGGUGUUCCUGAUCACGGGGCGGAAGGAGGACGUGGCUCUGGCCCGUCGUGAGAUCAUCUCUGCUGCGGAGCACUUCUCCAUGCUGCGCGCCUCCCGCAACAAGCUGGGCCUGAGCUUCAGUGGCUCCCCGCCCACCCCUCUGCCCGGCCAGACCACCAUCCAGGUGCGUGUGCCCUACCGGGUGGUGGGGCUGGUGGUGGGCCCCAAAGGCUCUACUAUCAAACGCAUCCAGCAGCAGACCUGCACCUACAUCGUUACUCCCAGCCGCGACAGGGACCCCGUGUUUGAGAUCACCGGGUCGCCUAGCAACGCUGAGCGUGCCCGUGAGGAGAUCGAAGCUCACAUUGCCUUUAGAACAGGUGGCUUGCACGAUCACAACAAUGAGAACGACUGCCUGGGCUCCUCCGGGGGCAGUCCGGCCAGCAGCGGUGGAGGUCUGGAGAGCCGCCUGCAGCAAGUCUGGGGGGUCCAGGGCUCACAACGCAAGCCCCUUACCAGCUACCGGCAGAACUUCCCAGAGGGUGUGGUGGGUGGAGGGGGGGACGCCGUGUUCCAGAAGAACAGCUUCUCCAGCUCCGGGGACAAAUCCUGCUCCUACUUUGAGCCGGAUGGCUCAGGUUGGGACUCGGACUACAAACAGGUGGCCUUCUACACGCAGCAGCGCUCAAAGAGCUUUGCAGGGCUGCCCCUGCCCCUCACCAGAAUGUCCCCCAGCCUGCCUGAGAGCACGGGCAUGGCCCCCCCAGGCUCCACACACGCCCAGGCCCGCCGCGCACACAGUGAGCCCUCUGGAGGAGAGGGUUUCCCCGGGCGCCGCGCUCUCAGUGAGCCCUCAGGAGGGGAGGGCUUCCCCGGGCGCCUGCCACUGCCCGACUCACCUCCGGCCUCCAUGCGGGACUGCAUGACCUGCUUCGAGAGCAAAGUGACGGCUGCCCUGGUGCCAUGUGGUCAUAACCUGUUCUGUAUGGAGUGUGCCAUCCGCAUCUGUGAGCUCAAGCAGCCCGAAUGCCCGGUGUGCCACAGCACGGUGACCCAGGCCAUCCGGAUAUUCUCCUAACAGUCUCCCCUCUUUAUUUACCCCAACCUUAUUAUUAUUAUUAUUAUUAUUAUUGUUAUUAUUAUUAUUAUUAUUCAUAUUUUAUUAGUACAGUAUAUAAAGGUUUUUUGUUUACAAAAUGGUGUCUGAUUUCGAAGGCACGCUUUGUUUUACAAACCCACAGAACGUUGUUUUUCUUAAACAGUAUAUACUAUAUAUUUUAUAAGACGUUUUCUUUUCUAAUAAGCAUAGCUUUUAUUGUUUUUGUUUUUAUGGUUUUGUUUUUUAUCGAUGAAGUAUUUUGUAGGCAGAAGCAGAGACACGUGGUCAGUCACAGCCCACAGGAGAGAUGAGGAUCUUCUAGCACCUUACUCUGAAGGCUCUAAAGGGACUGUGGAGAACAGGUAAAGGAUCUGUGUGCUGGGCUGGGACAGCUUAACGUGGUGGCAGAGCAGUCCUCUGUAGAAUGGUCCAGAGAGACUGCUCCCCCUGGUGGCAGCAGUGUGGUACUACACAGCUCUGAAAGCACUUCAGCACACUUCAUCCGUGUGUGCUCAGACCGAGUCAGUGCACAUGUGAGACACAGGACAGCCACACCUCGGGUCCCUGGAGUGAUGCCUGGGGCAUCAGUAGUGGACAGUGAGGAGCUGAGAGUGCAUGUCCUGGAUGUUAGGGGUUAGGUGGUGUUGCCUGUGUCUCAGCUGUGCCCCUUGAUCUGCUCCAGUAAAAUUUGCACGUAUCCAAGUGCAGCCAAUGUACUUACGUACUUUUCUUUCCUGCCAUAGUGUUUGUUGAAUGGUGCCAGAGUACUGGCAUUCAAGGUAGCAUCUUUGGCCUUCUCAAGUGUUGCCCUGAGAUAUCCUUUUGAUAAACUAAAGAAUGUGAAUGGAACAGUCUGAACAGCAGAAAUUGGAAAGACUGACUAAAUCAAUGUUUAUUUUUCCAGAGUCGAAAGUGAAGCACCUUAUUCCCAUUAGUCUGAAACCAAACGGACUCUAGCGGAGUGUGGUCCGCGGUGAGAUGCACAUGAGGAUCUCCUGCCUUAUGUCAGGAGCUAGUGUAUUUUAUACAGAAACAUGUCUAAUCCCUCCGAAUCUUUGACAAAAUGACACAUAAUCUACUAUAUCCAUAUAAAGACAUAGUUAGUGACAAGCCCCCUGUAAAUGUGGACACAAGCAAUAUGCUUAGCACUUAGCUUAAAACCAUAACACUCCACCGUUAGCAUUAGCAGCAGAGUUCUUGGCUGAUCACUAAACCAGUGUACAACUUUAUACUGGUCAAAAGCCUCCGCCGUCUGCUCUAUGCGCAUUUACUACAUUUAAGACAUACUUCAAUACUGUAAGGUAACGGGGGGGAGGGGAUACAAGAGGAGCGGGAGGAGCAAAAAGAAGAAGAGGAGGAGUCAGGCGAGAGGGAGGAGUCAGAA